AUGGUGGGCUUGAUCUGCUGCGAGGUUUCCCCAGGAAUUAUGUCUUUUGUGCGGAAUUAUCAAGCUGAAGAUCGUAAUUUAAAUGGUGGCUAUUGGCCUACCUAUGAUGGAAACAACACUGAUAGGAAAAGAAGCCGAAACCAUUACGAUCAGAGGAAUUAUAACAAUUACUAUGACAACCAGACCAAUUUUGGGUACUAUGGUGGCAACUUCAACCAAUGCAAUGCGGACUAUUCUAAUUAUGCUGAUGUUGUGCCAUCGUCUCAAAAGAAAAGAAAAUUUUCAGGUCCUGUUGGGGUAGAAAGCCAGAAGUUUAAUCUGCCCGCCACUGUCUAUGACAAUGUCCCUUCAUCCCGGAGUUUUCAAGCUCAUGCAACAAGAUCCAAUGCUUAUACCUCAACUAGUGUUAAACCUGGUUUCUCCAUAUUUGAUGAUGAUACGCCUGUCUUUAUGUCGAGGGAUGAUAUUGAUAGAAACUCUCCAUCAAGAAAAGACGGUAUUGAUGUGCGCCAUGAAGCACACUUGCGGUAUUCUUAUUGUGCCUUCCUUCAGAAUCUCGGAACAAGGCUUGAGCUGCCACAAACUACCAUUGGGACAUCCAUGGUUCUGUGCCACCGCUUUUUUGUUCGACAAUCGCAUGCUUGCCAUGACAGAUUUUUGAUAGCUACUGCUGCUCUUUUUCUUGCUGGGAAGUCAGAAGAAUCUCCAUGCCCUUUGAAUAACGUAUUGAGAACAUCCAGUGAAAUCUUACACAGACAAGAAUUUGCUUUCUUAUCCUACUGGUUUCCUGUUGAUUGGUUUGAACAGUAUCGUGAAAGGGUGCUUGAGGCUGAAACGCUGAUACUCACUACGCUCAAUUUUGAACUCAAUGUGCGACACCCUUAUGCACCUCUUACAUCUGUUCUUAGCAAAUUUGGUCUUUCAAGGACCGUUUUGGUGAAUAUGGCCUUAAACUUGGUCAGUGAAGGGCUUCGGAGCUCUCUAUGGCUUCAAUUUAAACCUGAUCAAAUUGCUGCUGGAGCUGCAUACCUUGCUGCCAGGUUUCUGAACAUGGACCUUUCUGCUUAUCAGAAUAUCUGGCAAGAGUUUCAGGCAACUCCAUCUAUUCUUCAAGAUGUCUCGCAGCAAUUAAUGGAGCUCUUCUAG